AUGGUGCUGCACGCUCGUAUAAAUUAUCUGUUUUAGGUAGAUCUACAUACGGAUAUAAUUAUGUAGAUUUGCCUCUCUGAGAUUUGCAGUCUGGAGAAUGAUAUAAAUCACAUGCACAGUAUACUACUAGAUCUAGGUACUUGGAGAUAAUGACGGAGAGGAAGCUCAAAGAUGUUCACAAGAAAAUGGCGGAGACAGAGAAAACUUCACAGCUGAAUAUGGAGCUUAUCAGAAAGAAACUCCAUGAUAUGCUAUUUGAUUGGCAAGCCACUGAAGUCAAACAAAAGAGUGUGAAGCAUCGAGAGAAAAGUGUAAGUUCUGAAAACCGGAUGCUUCAUACUAAGAUUCGAUCAAAAGUCAACAGUAAACCUGCUACUGUAACAAGAACCAAGCUAGAAGCUGAUACGUCUACAUCAAAGUCUAGCUAUCGAGUGUGUUUGACAGUACAAAACCCCGUGUUGAAAUCGAAAGUGGAAGCUUUUUCCUCACAACUAGUUUCCAGAAACGAUGAGCUUGCUGUAGCAGGUUGCAGUCGGACAAAACCAUUACAGUGCCCACCAAUCUCCAGUGAUGUUUCUACGAAGAAAACAAAGAUUGGUGAACUGCAAACAGAGAUCAAACUACAAAGGCAGCAGAUGCGGGACAUUACCACCCUGCUGGACUCUUUGUUACGGAAGAUUGAUUCACUUUCGAUGCAGAUACUUACUAGUGAUACCCACUUGAGCAGAGAGAAGUGCAAUGAUAUGGUGGAGUCUAAGUUGGUGAAUAUGAGUGAUAAGCUCCAUUCUAAGAUUCAAGAACUGGAGUACGUUUUGGGGAGAAAAGAUGACUUGCAACUUGAAGUCAUUUCUGUUCGAAAGGAAUUGCAUGAUGUUCAAGAUAAUGUUACUGUCAUUGAAGCAAAUCUUGCUCGUUUACAGGAGGAUUACGACAAAUGCUGUGAAAAUCUUGCUAUCUCUAUGACUAAAUCCACCAAGCUUGAAAAGCAGCUUUUGUCUGUAUCAACAGGUGCAACUUACAUUGAAAAAAACACGGAGAAGCUGCAGGCAUCAUUGAAAGCUUCUGAGAACAGUUUGGAGAAUACGCUUUUGACCCUUAGCACUGAGAAAACAGCCAACGAAGAAUUAAGAAUUUCAGUUGAUAGACUCUCUGGUAAUCUUGAUAGAGCAAGUGAAAAGGUUAAUUAUCUUACUGAUGAAACCACACUGUUAAAAGAAGACGUAGCGCUGAAGAAACAGGACAUUUUGCAUAUGCACCAAGAAGCUCGCUCCUUAAAAUUGAAGUGGAACGAUUCCCAAGAACGUAAUGUUGGGCUUGAAUCUAAGUUGAAACAGUUGCAGCAGGACAUCAAAAUACAAGGCAGAGAACUUACAACAUACAAAGAAACGAGUUCUGUCUUGAGGCAAAAUCUCACUAAGACCAGCGAACAACAGGGCGAAGAUGUUAGGAGCGUAUUAGCGGCAACUAAGUCUGAGCAAUUGGAGCUGUUCAAAUCAAAAGAAGAAGCUGAUUGUGAGCUAAAUGCCAAGUUUAAAUCUCAAUACACUCUUUCAGGGGAAAACGGCCUCCAAGCCCAAAGAGAAGAAGAAUUAUACACGUUAUUAACACACAAGAACCUUGUAUUGACCUCGGAGCUACAAGGCUUAAAUAGAGACAUUCAGUCGAACAAAUCUGAAAUUUAUGAAGGCCUUACUCUGAAAUGUUUCGAGCUUGAAAAGGAAAAGAGAAAAAAUACUGAGCUUGAGCUAUGUUCUACAAAAGCAGAAUUGCAGGACAUUAAAGAGCAGCAAUCGAAACUUAGAGCUGAAAUGGAACAGACAAAAAGGGACUGCCGAGGAGAGUGUCAACGAACGCUUUUUCACAAAAGAGCUGAACCGGGGAAAACAGUAGAAAACAUGCAGUGCCGCCUAGACUGUGAAUCCGAGAAAAACUCCACUCUCCAGCUGGAGCUAUGUUCUACAAAAGCAGAAUUGCAGGACAUCAAAGAGCAGCAAUCAGCUCAAAUAGAGCAGGACUACUACCGAGGAGAGUGUCAACGAACGCUUUCUCACAAAAGAGCUGAACCAGGGAAAACAGUAGAAAACAUGCAGUGCCGCCUAGACUGUGAAUCAGAAAAAUACUCUACUCUCCAGCUUGAGCUAUAUUCUACAAAAGCAGAAUUGCAGGACAUCAAAGAGCAGCAAUCGAAACUUAGAGCUGAAAUGGAGCAGACAGAGAGGGACUGCCGAGGAGAGUGUCAACGAACGCUUGAUGACAAAAGAGAAGAACUGAGGAAAACGGUGAAAAACAUGCAGUGCCGCCUAGACUGUGAAUCGGAGAAAUACUCUACUCUCCAGCUUGAGCUGUGCUCUACAAAAGCAGAAUUGCAGGACGUCAAAGAGCAGCAAUCAGCUCAAAUAGAGCAGACAGAGAGGGACUACCGAGGAGAGCAGUGUCAACGAACGCUUGAUGACAAAAGAGAAGAACUGAGGAAAUCAGUGGAAAACAUGCAGUGCCGCCUAGACUGUGAAUCCGAGAAAAACUCCACUCUUCAGCUUGAGCUAUGUUCUACAAAAGCAGAAUUGCAGGACAUCAAAGAGCAGCAAUCGAAACUUAGAGCUGAAAUGGAGCAGACAGAGAGGGACUGCCGAGUAGAGUGUCAACGAACGCUUGCUGACAAAAGAGAAGAACUGAGGAAAACGGUGAAAAACAUGCAGUGCCGCCUAGACUGUGAAUCGGAGAAAUACUCUACUCUCCAGCUUGAGCUGUGCUCUACAAAAGCAGAAUUGCAGGACAUCAAAGAGCAACAAUCAGCUCAAAUAGAGCAGACAGAGAGGGACUACCGAGGAGAGUGUCAACGAACGCUUGAUGACAAAAGAGAAGGACUGAGGAAAUCAGUGGAAAACAUGCAGUGCCGCCUAGACUGUGAAUCCGAGAAAAACUCCACUCUUCAGCUUGAGCUAUGUUCUACAAAAACAGAAUUGCAGGACAUCAAAGAGCAGCAAUCAGCUCAAAUAGAGCAGCAAUCAGCUCAAAUAGAGCAGAUAGAGAGGGACUACCGAGGAGAGAGUCAACGAAUGCUUGAUGACAAAAGAGAAGAACUGAGAAAAUCAGUGGAAAACAUGCAGUGCCGCCUAGACUGUGAAUCCGAGAAAAACUCCACUCUUCAGCUUGAGCUAUGUUCUACAAAAGCAGAAUUGCAGGACAUCAAAGAGCAGCAAUCAGCUCAAAUAGAGCAGAUAGAGAGGGACUACCGAGGAGAGAGUCAACGAAUGCUUGAUGAUAAAAGAGAAGAACUGAGAAAAUCAGUGGAAAACAUGCAGUGCCGCCUAGAUUGUGAAUCCGAGAAAAACUCCACUCUUCAGCUUGAGCUAUGUUCUACAAAAGCAGAAUUGCAGGACAUCAAAGAGCAGCAAUCAGCUCAAAUAGAGCAGAUAGAGAGGGACUACCGAGGAGAGAGUCAACGAACGCUUGAUGACAAAAGAGAAGAACUGAGAAAAACAGUGGAAAACAUGCAGUGCUGCCUAGACUGUGAAUCCGAGAAAAAUUCCACUCUCCAGCUUGAGCUAUGUUCUACAAAAUCAGAAUUGCAGGACAUUAAGGAGCAGCAAUUGAAACUUAAUGAUGAAAUGGAGCAGACAGAGAGGGACUGCCGAAGAGAGUGUCAACGAAUGCUUGCUGACAAAAGAGAAGAACUGAGGAAAGCGGUGGAAAACAUGCAGUGCCGCCUAGACUGUGAAUCUGAGAAAAACUCCACUCUCCAAGUUGAGCUAUGUUCUAAAAAAGCAGAAUUGCAGGACAUCAAAGAGCAGCAAUCAGCUCAAAUAGAGCAGAUAGAGAGGGACUGCCGAGGAGAGUGUCAACGAACGCUUGCUGACAAAAGAGAAGAAAUGAGGAAAACAGUGGAAAACAUGCAGUGCCACCUAGACUGUGAAGCAGAGAAAUAUUCCACUCUCCAGCUUGAGCUACAUUCUACAAAAGCAGAAUUGCAAGACAUCAAAGAGCAGCAAUCAACUGAAAUGAAGCAGACAGAGAGGGACUGCCGAGGAGAGGAAGAGUUGUCCACCCAGGUGUCUACGAAUGUCUCGUUAAAAACAGAGUUGAGAAAAUUUAAGCAUAUGUUGGAUGUCGAGAGGGUUAGGACUGAAAGCUUAGCUUCAGAACUAGUGAAAUCUGAUUUGAAGGCUCAAGAAAUUAGCGGAGACCUUCAUGAUACUCAACAGCAACUGUGCUGUGCAGAAAAGUGUAUUAAAGAAACUCAAACAAGUUGGUCACAAAAACUCACUGCUGCCAAGAUUGCUCUUGAGCAAGCAAAUUUAACCCUUCGAUUAGAAAAUGAACAGGUGUACAAAGAACUCUCGUCCACCAAAGAAAAUAUGGCUGUUGUUAAGCACCGGUUGGAAACUUGUGAAGAGGAAUUAAGUGCUAGCAAUGAUAAUCUGUUCCAAAACGCCCAAAAACGCACCCAACUGGAGUCAAUGCUUAGUUCAGAAUCCAGGGGUCAUAAGGAACUCGUAUUCGAUCACACAGAACUGCAAUCCACCCAUGCUGACGCUAGAAUGCGUGUUUCUGACCUGUCAGAACGACUUCUGGUGCAAAGUACAGUCGCUGAACAACUCAAGAUUGAAGUGACUACACUAAAACAACGAUUGAGUGCUGUUACUGCCGGAGCUCAGGAAUUUCGAGUGAAAUCAGAGCGCGAAAUGCAGACUUUCAGUCAAAAGUAUCAUGCUGGCAAUAAGAGCCUGAAAGAAGAAGUAAAAGAAUUACAGAAAAACUUGCAAGUUCUCCGUGGUCAAUAUGAGUGUCGAGGAGAAGAGAUCAAUAGGCUGCAGGCUACCAAUCAGAGUUUGGAUAAGCACCAGCAAGAUUUCUCUAUACAGCUUUCUGAUAAGAAAGAGGAACUUCAGGCCAAAGAGGAUGAUUGCAAGAACCUGCAAUCAAAAGUCUGUUCACUGGAAGUACGAGUUAAGCAGUUAGAUUAUUUGCGUGGAGAGGCACAUAUUCAUUACGAGCAGUACAAGAAGAAGCUAGAACAGCAAUCACGAGUUGAGGUACAAAGAUUAUUGUCGAAAGUUACACAACACUUGGAGCAGCAACAUAUUGCUCACAAGUACAUGCACUUGGAGUCGCUACGUUUAGAGAAUGAGAAGAUUGUCCUAGAAAAAAGAGAAAGGGAGAUUACCCAGUUGAGGUCUGAACUUUGCAAUAAAAAACAGGAGAGUGAACAAGACAAAAUGCAUAUGCAACAUAUGAAAGUGGAGACUCGACACCUCAAAGCACAGCAAAAAGACCAGGAAAACUCCCCCCCAGCAAACAAGAAACGAGCAGCUCGUACACUCUCACAUAGCGAAAGGAAGAGCAGCAAACAAGCCCAGCAAACGAGUAUACUACUCUUGAACAAAACCGAAGGAAAAAAGAAUCCCAGCACUUCCAUACGUCCAGCUCCUCCAGCUCCCCGGCCCCCAUGCAGCCUUGCAGCAAGCACACUGCCCAAGAAACGAGCGGCUCCUACUACAAAGCUUCCAUUCUAGUUCUGUUAUUUGUUACUAGACAAAGCAUCUAUAUUUAUGUGUAUCUGCUUGUAAAUGACAAUAUAAUUAUAGUACCCGUCUAAAU